GUGUUUCUUCUCGGGCUGCUGCACAGCUGCUGCUUCUUUAAGAGCCACCGCCCGCCCCCUCUCCUGUAUUUUUAGCUGAGCCAGCCACUUCAUUUGCUGGAUAAGACAGACAGUUGUGUACCGUAUGAUCUCACUUAAUCGCUUUUAAUAAAUCACAUCUUAUACUGCGGAUUUGUCGUGGGCCUACAGCCAGCUGUUCCCUGGAAAUGUCGUAGACGUUUUGUCCCGCCGCUGUCGGAUGCUGAAACGCGCAACCAGCCCCUGUGGAUGCUUGAUGUCCAUUAUGAAACGCAAUGCUGCACUGGGCACCGAGUCGGCGCAGCGCUUUUGAGAUCAAAUGAAUUACGAGAAAUCAAUUUAGCUGCAAAAUACUCCUGCGGUGCGGACGGUUCAAGGUGGUCCUUCUCCUCAGCCCUCCGCUUCCUGUCUUCUCUUGGAUUGUGGAUAACAAGAAGCCUUCAAGACGGAGGGGGUGGUGGAGCAUCGAGGAAAAAAUAGGGGCAAUAUGAGAGAGCGGGACUUCAUGCCCAAUAUGGAGAGGGGCAAACCUGCUACUUAUACGGGGGACAAAAAGGCUAAGAUGGCUGCUAAGACUAACAAGAAGUGGGUGAGACUAGCCACUGUUUUUGCAUAUGUAUUGUCCGUGUCCUUAGCAGCCAUUAUCCUGGCAAUUUACUACAGCCUGAUCUGGAAACCAACCAGCGCAUCCUCAUCUGCGGGGAAGCCGGGAGCGCCCGAGGAGGUCACCCCCACCGCCAACAUCUCAACUAAUAUCUCCACAAGCAACAAUGUCUCAGAGUGGAACUCCACACAGACUGGACUGUUGUCUCUGAACCAGACCAGGCAGGGCACAACCCCGUACAGUCAGGCGUUUCAGUGGGAUGACAGAGCCGAGAGUGUGCCUGGAGCAGAAAUUGCGCACUCGCAGCAGGAGGAAGGACUCUACGCGUCUUCCCACGGUCACACGGAGAGAUCGGACACUUUGGGAGGGGGGCACUAUAUCCCGUCAAGCACCAGAGAGUCUGGGGACGAGGAGGAGGAGGAGGAGAAGAGGGAGGCGCACAGACUGGGGGCGACUGACAACCCCAAGCAGGCAGCUGCAGAUGCGGCCACGGAUCCUCCAACAUCCCCGACGACCCUGAGAGGAGACUGACCGGGCCUCAUCCCCAUCACCACCACCAUCCACCCCCCCCCCCCCCCCCCCC